UAAUUCCAUCAUUAAUGCCAAAAUCAGGACUUCUUGAUGAAUUACAUUCAAAAACACUCUCGACAUUAACAUGUUUACCAAACUUCUAGUAAUUUAUACAUUUGUUUUCAUUUGUUGCAUACAGGCGUUGGGAAAUUUUAAUCUGGAAGAAUGCAUGAAGGCCACUGGAGUGAAAGUGACCCCAAACACCCUCAAACAACUCCACGACGCAAACAAGGGUGGUAACUUCGACAUCAAUUCAAUCCCUGAUGAAAUGCUUUGUCUUCCGAAAUGCGUGCUAGAAAAAAAGGGUAUUAUCGAUUCCACUGGAAAUAUUCUCGUGGAAAAAUUAGAGAACGAUCAGAUGCUUGAACGAAUUCCUAACAAGAAGGCCUUUUUGGAAUGUAUGGGGAAGAUCAAAGGGGUAUCGACAUGUGAAGAUGUGAAGAAGAUAUUGGAGUGCAGAGUAUUGAGUCAGAAAUGAAGAAAUCACUGUUGGAGAGUCAACAUUAAAAGGGGAGAAUUGCCUAAAGAGCUUCUGAUUUUUUUAUGAUUUUUAUCCUAUCAUAAACAUUGAAAUAUCGAUUUGGUCAUCAUUUUCCCUAUC